CACACAUGCAUGCACAACGAGACACAUACGUGCAACAGAGCUACAGAAACCAUGCCCUAGAUACGUGCAUAGCACUGCAAUGAAGAAACACCAAGGUCUUGAUUUUUGGCCAAUUUUGGCUACCGCAAGUUUGCUCAUCAAGAUAAGUGGAUCAAUUCCUCUUCGUCCAGUGUUGACUGGUCCUGAUAAGGCUUACCUAAACUCAAGGGUGGCUUUCCGAUGUAUUGCGCCUGACUCCCCUCCACCUGUCACCUAUGAGCUGUUGAAGGACAGCGAUGUGCUGGUUGGCAGAGAUAUCGAUCCCAUAGGGGGCCAAUCUGUAGCAUUCUUCCUGAAAGUCUCUGCAGCAUCAGACGGGUCUUACCAUUGUAGGGCGACAGCUGGAGGAAAUACAGGAGUCAGCAACAGCAUCCAGCUGAGUGUUGUCACUCCAGCAUCAAACACCAGAGUGACCUCUGACCCCUUCCCCCCGGUAGCGUAUGAAGGGUCACGCCUUGUCCUGAGCUGUGAUGUCCAAACAGGAUCCCACCUUUCCUACACCUGGUUGUUCAAUAAGAAGGAAGUAACAUCGUCUGCCUUGGCCUUCUUCCACCUCGCUGGGAACAAGCUAGUGAUGGAGAGCGUGACCCCAGAGCAUGCUGGAGAUUAUUCUUGCAUGGCUUGGUCCAUGGUGAAGGACAUCAGGAGGUUUUCUGGCAGCCAAGAGGUUCAGGUGACAAUCAAAGUCUAUGUUUCGAAACCGAGGAUCUCCUUCUUCAUUUUCAAAGAAGGAGACAGUUACCGUGGCAACGUAACCUGCUGGUCUUCCAGAGGGAGUCCUCCGGUGAACUUCUCUCUUCUGGUAGACGACAAGGAGGUGGGAUCUAUCACAGCAACAGACUCCCUCGCUGCCUGGUUCCAGGUCGCCGUGGUACCCGGACUGGACAUGGGUGUGGCACGAUGUCGGGUAAAAUCUGAGCUACAGGAACUGAUAAGUGAACCGGUGAACCUGGAAGUAGUGCCAGUUGGGGGUGAUGUGAAAGUGGAGGUGGAACAUCUGUACACAGCUGAAUCCAAACUGGCCGCCGCCAGGCUGAGCUGUCAUGUCAGCAGAGGAACUUUUCCUUACUUCUCCUGGCUCUUAAAUGACACCAUCCUUCCCAUGUCACAUGAGGAUUCCCACAUUCAGACCACCCUGCCUCACUUUGCCCUCGCUGACCAAAGACGAACCCUAGUCCUCACUAAGCUCAGCCCAGAGGAGUCUGGGUAUUACCGCUGCAGGGCCAGGGACCAAUACGAUGACUCUGGGCCUUGGGUGGAGAGUGCCGCUGAGCUGGUCCAAGUUACAGAGGUUUUCUUGACCACCAUUGAGGUGAUCACUGUUGCAUUCUGUUGCUUCCUUCUCCUGGCGCUGGCUGCGGGUUCAGCCUGUGUAUACAAGAUGUUUGACCACAACCAAGCUCAUGCCCACAUUUCUCCAGCAAAGUCUGAGGCUCUUCCUCUGUCCGAACUGACGUCAGGAAAGCUGACUGAUAAGUCCUCUACAGAUUGUGAUGUCUUGAAUUAGGUCAUGGACGUACAGUGUGAUCCUGCACCUCUUUUGUCAUUUUUUGAAUUUAAAAACAAACUAUCUGUUGCUGUUCUUGAAUUGCCAAAUUGUUUCAAAGACAUCUUUGCAACAUUUAGUUAUAAAGAGUAGGUAAUUGUGCAGGCCAACUGCUGUAUGCUGUUUCUUUGCAAAAAUAAAAAUGAAUAUAGAUAGAUAGAUAGAUAGAUAGAUAGAUAGAUAGAUAGAUAGAUAGAUAGAUAGAUAGAUAGAUAGAUAGAUAGAUAGAUAGAUAGAUAGAUAGAUAGAUAGAUAGAUAGAUAGUAGUGCUGUUUCUGACUUGUGUUUCUGUAAUAUUCUUGUACUGUACUGUACUUUAUGGCUGUUAGAGCAUGAACAAACCAGUGUGAUACUACAGAGGGAGGGGGCAGCAGGGAGGUGUAGUUCAACACUAUCAGUUACUUGCACAUGUCUCUGUGUGUGCAUGCUUUUUGCACAUACAGUGCUUCAGCCCUUAAUUUGAAACGGUCAGGACUCAUCUGCCCUGUUUUACACAGCUUACCAUGUUGUUGCAUUAAAGCCUUUUAUUUUACAGCAA